AUGUUCCCCUCCAAGACCAUCGCCACCGCGGCAGCCUGCCUCGCCGGACUGGCCCUUGUCGCCAGCGGCGCCGACGCCAAAGCCAUCGACAGGGGCAGCAGCCCCGGCGCCGUCCAGCUUGACAUCUUCGGCGCCUCCGCUGACUCCUCGGGUGCCUACUCCAACUGGAUGGCGACCUACCCGGACUCGACCAAGAUCCAGCACCUCAACAUCCCCGGCACGCGCGACAGCGCCACGUGGCUCGUCCGCAACGGCACGACGCGGUCCAUCGCGGCGCCCGAGGACACGGUGACGGCGACGCCCAAGUUCAACAUCAGCUCGUGCCGGAUGCAGGACCGCGGCAUCGCCGACUCGCUCGCCGCCGGCGUCCGCUUCUUCGACCUGCGCGUCAACACGGACCCGGACGGCCACGGCAAGCUGGUGCUGUACAAGGGCGACCUCGUCCUGUCCGAGGAUACCGUCAGCUUCGAGGCCGCCCUGCGCGCCCUCUACGGCUGGCUCGACGCCCACCCGCGCGAGGCCGUGCUGCUGUCCGUCGCCCUCGAGCUCGUCGGCAACAGGGACCGCGGCGCGACCGCCCGCCGUGACGCCCAGCGGGAGCUCCACCGCGUCCUGACGUCUGACCCGGCCACGCGGUAUCUCUACCGCGGCGACGGUGGCCUGCCGCCCAACCUGGGCGCCGCCCGGGGCAAGAUCAUCCUGCUGCGCCGCUUCGCCCCUCUCGACCCGCUCCUGGGCGCCGGCCACGACGACCAGCUGCCCGGCCUGCGCCUGCCGCCCUCCGCGUGGCCCGUCAACUCGCCCGGCUUCACCAUCAAGCAGCAACAACACAACGGCGGCGACAGCAACGUCGUCGCGGUCUACGUCGAGGACUUGCACCAGCCGGCCGCGCUCCUGCCGGCCUCGGGCGGCUUCGAAGGGCUGGGCUUCAGCGGCGCCGACGCCGACGGCAACAACUACCGCGGCGACCCGCGCGUGGCGCUCGCCGUCCUGCCCGUAAAGUUCAACGUCACGGCCGAGCACCUGCUCAAGGCCGCCGGCCCGGCCGCCCCGGACUCGCUCUUCAUCACCUUCGCCGGCGCCAUGGACGACGCCGCCCACCCGCCCAUCUGGCCCCAGGUCAUGGCCCUGGGCAACGGGUCAGAGUACACGCCAAAGGGCGGGGUCAACCAUCAGCUCGUGCCCUUCUUAAAGGGCCUGGCCGGCAAGAGGCUGGGAGUCGUGGUGCUGGACUACUACCAUCAGCCCGACAACUUGGUCCAGGCCAUAUUGGGCAAGUAA